GCGCGCACGCCCCUCGCUCCAUGGCAUUCCCGGGCGGGCGGGCCGGACAGGCGCGCGGGCGGGGACUCGGCGCGGGCGCCCUCCGGGCCGGCGGUGGCAGCCCCUCCCCGGAGCCCUCAGGACCCCCCGAGGACCCUCGGUGCCAGCGGCGGCUGCGGCCUGCCUUGCCCCACCUGGAACCAUGAGUGAGGCCCGCAGGGACAGCACGAGCAGCCUGCAGCGCAAGAAGCCACCCUGGCUGAAGCUGGACAUACCAGCUGUAGCGCCCCCAGUGACCGAGGAACCCAGCUUCUUACAGGUAGGCCCUGGCCAGGAGAGGCUGUGGGUAUACUCCAUCCAGCCUCCUCACCGUGACCCCACUGUCCAGCCCCUGAGACGCCAGGCUUUCUUGCGGAGUGUGAGUAUGCCGGCUGAGACAGCCCAUAUCCCCUCGCCCCACCAUGAGGUCCGGCGGCCAGUUUUGCAGCGCCAGACGUCCAUCACCCAGACCAUCCGCAGCCGACAGGUGCGCUUUGGGCGUGUCCACACUCUGCCCCUCUUGGGUCCCCCUGGUGCCCGCAGGGCCCUCCCACAGCGCCGGUCUCUCUCUCGGUCCCUGCUCAGGGGCACAGCUGACUGGUUCGGAGUGAGCAAGGACAGCGACAGCACCCAGAAAUGGCAGCGCAAGAGCAUCCGCCACUGCAGCCAGCGCUAUGGAAAGCUGAAGCCGCAGGUCAUCCGGGAGCUAGACCUGCCUAGCCAGGACAACGUGUCUCUGACCAGCACUGAGACGCCCCCGCCACUGUACGUGGGGCCAUGCCAGCUGGGCAUGCAGAAGAUCAUAGAUCCCCUGGCCCGGGGCCGGGCCUUCCGAGUGGCAGAUGACACGGCUGACGGCCUGAGUACCCCACACACACCUGUCACGCCUGGUGCUGCUUCCCUCUGCUCCUUCUCCAGCUCCCGCUCGGGCUUCAACCGGCUCCCGCGGCGACGCAAGCGUGAAUCGGUGGCCAAGAUGAGCUUCCGGGCAGCUGCAGCCCUGGUGAAGGGUCGCUCUGUUAGGGAUGGCACAUUGCGCCGGGUGCAGCGCCGAAGCUUCACUCCCGCCAGCUUCCUGGAGGAGGACACAGCUGACUUCCCCGACGAGUUGGACACGUCCUUCUUUGCCCGGGAAGGAGUCCUCCACGAGGAGCUGUCCACGUACCCAGACGAGGUGUUUGAGUCCCCUUCGGAGGCAGCACUCAAAGACUGGGAGAAAGCCACAGAGCAGGCAGACCUCACGGGUGGGGCCCUGGACCGCAGUGAGCUUGAGCGCAGCCACCUGAUGCUGCCCCUGGAACGAGGCUGGAGGAAGCAGAAGGAGGGUGGCGCAGCGGCCCCACAGCCCAAGGUGCGGCUGCGGCAGGAGGUAGUGAGCACGGCGGGUCAGCGGCGGGGCCAGCGCAUCGCGAUGCCCGUGCGCAAGUUCUUUGCCAGGGAGAAGCGGCCGUAUGGGCUGGGCAUGGUGGGCCGGCUGACCAACCGCACUUACCGCAAGCGUAUCGACAGUUACGUCAAGCGCCAGAUUGAGGACAUGGACGACCACAGGCCCUUCUUCACCUACUGGCUCACCUUCGUGCACUCACUCGUCACCAUUCUAGCCGUGUGCAUCUACGGCAUCGCGCCUGUGGGCUUCUCGCAGCAUGAGACUGUGGACUCGGUACUGCGGAACCGCGGGGUCUAUGAGAACGUCAAGUACGUGCAGCAGGAGAACUUCUGGAUCGGGCCCAGCUCGGAGGCUCUCAUUCACCUGGGUGCCAAGUUCUCGCCCUGCAUGCGCCAGGACCCGCAGGUACACAGUUUCAUCCGCGCUGCGCGUGAGCGUGAGAAGCACUCGGCCUGCUGCGUGCGCAAUGACCGGUCGGGCUGCGUGCAGACCUCGGAGGAGGAGUGCUCGUCCACGCUGGCAGUGUGGGUGAAGUGGCCCUUCCACCCCAGUGCCCCAGAUCUUGCGGGCCGCAAGAGGCAGUUUGGCUCUGUCUGCCACCAGGACCCCAGGGUGUGUGAUGAGCCUUCCUCCGAGGACCCCCACGAGUGGCCAGAUGACAUCACCAAGUGGCCGAUCUGCACCAAAAACAGCGCCGGGAACCACACCAACCACCCUCACAUGGACUGUGUCAUCACGGGCCGGCCCUGCUGCAUCGGCACAAAGGGCAGGUGUGAGAUUACCUCCCGGGAGUACUGUGACUUCAUGAGGGGCUACUUCCACGAGGAGGCCACACUGUGCUCCCAGGUGCACUGCAUGGAUGACGUGUGUGGGCUCCUGCCCUUUCUCAACCCUGAGGUGCCUGACCAGUUCUACCGCCUGUGGCUGUCCCUCUUCUUGCACGCUGGGAUCCUGCACUGCCUGGUGUCAGUCUGCUUCCAGAUGACUGUCCUGCGGGACCUGGAGAAGUUGGCAGGCUGGCACCGAAUAGCCAUCAUCUACCUGCUGAGCGGGGUCACUGGUAACCUGGCCAGUGCCAUUUUCCUGCCAUACCGGGCAGAGGUGGGCCCAGCCGGCUCGCAGUUUGGCAUCCUGGCCUGCCUGUUCGUGGAGCUCUUCCAGAGCUGGCAGGUCCUGGCAAGGCCCUGGCGUGCCUUCUUCAAGCUGUCGGCUGUGGUCCUCUUCCUGUUCACCUUUGGGCUGCUGCCCUGGAUCGACAACUUCGCUCACAUCUCGGGCUUCAUCAGCGGCCUCUUCCUCUCCUUUGCCUUCCUGCCCUACAUCAGCUUCGGCAAGUUUGACCUGUACCGCAAGCGCUGCCAGAUCAUCGUCUUUCAGGUGGUCUUCCUGGGCCUCCUGGCCGGCCUGGUGGUCCUCUUCUACUUCUACCCCGUCCGCUGCGAGUGGUGUGAGUUCCUCACCUGCAUCCCCUUCACUGACAAGUUCUGUGAGAAGUACGAGCUGGAUGCUCAGCUCCACUGAGCUGGCUGGGGCGCUGGGGCCAUGCGCUCCAGCAGGCCAGAGCCAGGCACGUGGUCUCCCCCAAGCCUCACAGGCCACAGGACUCGAGUCUCGAGCCCUGUGUGCUGCCCUGCCUGUUUCCUGAACACUGACCUCUUGUGCCUUGUUCACCAGCGGUGAACCUCUCGUACUUCAGGGCAUUUAUUACACUAGUUCCCGUGAUUACCUUCUAACUAGUCUCUUGACGACCACCUCAUGUGGCCAAUAAAUGGACUGGGAGCGUUUUAGCUGCCACUAACUUA